AUGGCCAACCGAAGGGUAGCGAAUUCGAUGCUCGUGUUCAGGAUCUUCAGCCUGCUCGCCCUGGCCGGUUCCGUGGCUCUGAUGGUCGCCAACCGCUUCACGGACAGCAACGGCCUCAAGACAACCUUCAAGAAUAUCAACAGUUACAGGUACGUGCUAGCGACCGCGGUGAUCGGGGCAGCUUACAUCAUAGUGCAGCUUCCCUUUGCAAUAUACUACGCCUGCACCGAGAAGAGGAUGUUUCGCAACGGGUGCUUGCCCGAAUUCGAUUUCUACGGUGAUAAGCUCAUAACCUUGCUCUUGGCCACGGGCAUCGGCGCAGGGUUUGCCAUCAGCUUCGAGUUAAAGAAAUACGUCCGCAACUUCUUCGAUGUCCUCGUCUCGUUCGAUAUCCCGAUUAACGACGACGACAAGUCGAAGUCGAUCAAAUUCCUCAACUGGGGAAUCAUCUCCACCGGAUUGUUGGCCCUGGGGUUGGUCUGCAUGGUCAUCGUCUCUGUACUCUCGUCCAUCAACCGCAACUCAUCCACCAGAGGUAGCUUCUUCAGAUGA